AUGUUCUCACCGUUCAACAGGCAGUUACUUUUCUAUACCCAGCUUCGUCGUCUUCAAAGUACGUUAGUAAUAGCUGAACAUAAUAAUGAAGUUCUGCUUCCUGCUACACAAAAUACAUUAAGUGCAGCAAAAAAAAUUGGGGGCGAAAUCUCCGUUCUUGUCGCUGGAACAAAAUGCGGUCCUGCUGCUGAAGCUAUCGCCAAAGCCAACGGCAUCUCUAAGGUCCUAGUUGCAGAGAGUGAUGUAUUUAAGGGCUUUACUGCGGAAAGUCUUUCAGCUUUAAUACUAGCCACCCAAAAACAGUUCAAUUUCACCCAUAUACUGGCACCUGCUAGUGCAUUCGGCAAGGCUGUCUUACCUAGAGUUGCUGCUAAAUUGGAUGUCUCUCCUAUUACUGAUAUUAUUGGUGUAAAAGACGCAAAUACUUUUAUAAGAACAAUUUAUGCAGGAAAUGCAAUUCUCACAUUAGAAGCUAAAGACCCAGUCAAAAUAAUCACUGUUAGAGGAACAGCUUUUCCUCCAGAACCUUUAGAGGGAGGAUCUGCUGCUGUAGAAAAAGCACCAGAAGGCGAAUACAAGACUGAUUUGGUAGAGUUUGUAUCGCAGGAACUAACCAAGUCCGACAGACCGGAACUGACUAGUGCUAAGAAUAUUGUUGCUGGUGGUCGCGGUCUUAAGUCUGGAGACAACUUCAAGCUGCUCUACGAUCUAGCUGACAAACUGAAUGCUGCUGUCGGUGCCAGUCGUGCAGCUGUUGAUGCUGGAUAUGUUCCCAAUGAUCUGCAGAUUGGACAGACUGGGAAAAUUGUUGCACCAAACCUAUACAUCGCUGUCGGCAUAAGCGGGGCUAUCCAACAUCUGGCCGGUAUGAAGGACUCGAAAACGAUUGUCGCAAUCAACAAGGAUCCGGAUGCGCCCAUUUUCCAAGUAUCUGACAUUGGCUUGGUGGCAGAUCUCUUCAAGGCGGUGCCCGAGUUAACUACGAAGUUGUAA